UCCACUCUCUUGAACGAAUCGAAGCUGCUAUAAGAGAAGAGGUCUUGUGGGAGUGAGAUCAUCUUCGCUGCUUUUCCGCCAGGUGACGACACAACGUCCAUCCCCUCUGGAGGACACAGCAUUCAAAGUGCCCAAAGCAGAGACUGGACCCUUGCUAGACAAUGAACCUGCUGGCACCUUGAUCUUGGACUUCCCAGCCUCAAGAACUGUAAGAAAUAAAUAUCUGUCCUUUAUACAUUACCUACCCAGUUUGUGGUGUUCUGUUAUAACAGCACAAAACAGACUGAGACAAUUUUCUUAUGAGGGCCCCUGUCACAUAAAACUUAAGUACAUUUGUAUACUUUUCUCUUGUUCAUCUGUCUAUGUCAGUUUAAUUCCCAGACACAGGAGGGCAGAGGUCAAAUUUUGUCUCCUCUACUUAGAGGAGGCCAUGGGACGGUAGAGGCAGAGAUUGGAAUGAUGCAGCCACAAGCCAAGGGAUGCUGAGGAUUGCCCGCAGCCAUCAGAAACCGGGAGGCGAGGAAGGGUCCUUCCCCGGCACCUUCAGAGAGAGUGUGGCCCUGACACACCUUGGUUUGGGACUUCCAGGCUCCAGAACUUGAGAACCUGGCGGUGCUCCCGGAGAUAAACCCCAGGAAAAUGUGAGAUCGCUCCGAGACUGGGACCCCAGGAGUUCUGAACUCCUGCGCUGGUCCACACCCAGCCUGCAGCAAUCCCUCAGUCUCCGGUGAAGGGCUCCUGCAAGUUGCCGGCGGCAGUGGUGGCUCCGUCCUGACAUUCCCGGGCCACCAGGCACAGCCGAAGUAACACACGCCCCUUUGUCUGGCCUCCGCUCCGGGAGCCCUUUCUUGGAAACGUGGUCGCUGUGGUGCUGAAAGCGAGGAGCCUGCCAGCCUGCUCUGGCGGAGAGAGGAAAAUCCUCCCCGCCCAGGUGUUUCCUCCAAGACCCACGUGUCUCUGGCAUGAAGGGGCCUGUGUGUCGUUUGUCCAGGCACGGGGGAACGUGUGUGCACCCCGGGAACCGGGAAGGGCCCCCUCUGGAUGCUGUGGACCUAGGGUGCCCAGACAACCAUCAAGCUUGAAGACACCUUUGUCCGCCUCUGCACAGUCGGGGGCUGCAGGCCCCACCGGGACCGAGUACGGCGGCGGCUGGACGGCAGCAGGGAGAAGCUGGGGACUCUAAGGGAAUCAGCCAGCACUGGGACCAGAGCAGAAGGCCAGCCCACACGCAGAUGUCUGAGCGCCUAGAACUUUCCACCGUAACCUCACUGCUCCAUUUCCAUAAAACACUAGGAAACCUACCCGUUUAACAAUGGCAUGCAAGGAAGCCAUGAGAAAGGAACAGUCGAUUCCUGCCUGUUGGUGUGGAACAAUUUCCAAGAAACAUUGUUAAGUGAAAAAGCAAGGGAGAGAGUUGCAGGAAGGAACAUGAACCAGCCCGACACAAGCGGGAACUGCUCAUUCAGCCACGUGGACGAGCUGAUGCGGACCCUGCAGCUGGCCGUCCACACCCCCACGUUCCUCCUGGGCCUGCUCCUCAACCUGCUGGCCAUCCGCAGCUUCAGCACCUUCCUGAAGAAGAGGUGGCCCGACUACGCCGCCACCUCCAUCUACAUGAUCAACCUGGCGGUCUUUGACCUGCUCUUGGUGCUCUCCCUCCCGUUCAAGGUGGCCCUGUCCCAGGUGCGGCCGCCCUUCCCUUCCCUCUGCACGCUGGUGGAGUGCCUCUACUUCGUCAGCAUGUACGGCAGCGUCUUCACCAUCUGCUUCAUCAGCCUCGACAGGUUCCUGGCCAUCCGGUACCCGCUCCUGGUCAGCCGCCUCCGGUCCCCGGGCAAGAUCUUCGGGAUCUGCUGCACCAUCUGGGCCCUGGUGUGGGCUGGGAGCACCCCCGUCUACAACUUCCAUGGGACAGUGGAAAAGUACACGUGCUUCCACAACAUGUCCGAUGGCACCUGGAGUGCCAAGGUCUUCUUCCCCCUCGAGGUGUUCGGCUUCCUCCUUCCCCUGGGCAUCAUGGGCUUCUGCUCCUCCAGGAGCAUCCACAUCCUGCUGUGCCGCCGGGACCGCACCGAGGACUGGGUGCAGCAGAGAGCCUGCAUCUGGACCAUCGCCGCCAGCCUGGCUGUCUUCGUGGUCUCCUUCCUCCCGGUCCACCUCGGCUUCUUCCUGCAGUUCCUGGUGAGGAACGGCGUCAUCGUGGAGUGCAGAGCCAAGCAGGGCAUCAGCUUGUUCCUGCAGCUGUCCAUGUGUUUCUCCAACAUCAACUGCUGCUUGGAUGUCUUCUGCUACUACUUUGUCAUCAAAGAAUUCCGCAUGGACAUCAUGGCCCAUCGGCCUUCCAGGGUCCAGCUGGUCCUCCAGGACACCACGGUCAGCCGGGGCUAAGGGAAGGACACCCCACUCAGAGGAAGGACACCCCCAGCCCCAAUUCUAGUAGUGAAGGGCUUUGAUGCAGGGGACCAUCUGUGGUGCAUUCCCUGCUGGGCUUCUCCUCUGAUGCUCAUUGGGCACCAGCUUCGUUGUACCCCAAAGACCUUUCCCCAAAGCCCGGACAACUUGACAUAUAUCACCUACUGUUCAGGGACCUCUGAAAAACCCCAGUACCAGGUGAAUUCUUGAUUUCUAAGUCCAAAAAGUAUCAGGCAAAAUAAUUGAGAAAGAGAAUGAGGCCAUCUGAACAAGGCUAUUUCCCAACUCCCUGUCCUUCUGUUAGACUAGAAGAUUCUGGAAAUAGAGAGAAAGAGGAGUUGGCCGAGGGAAUCAAGAGGGCCAGUUAUGGUGGAGGGUCUUGGGCAGAGAUGGAGUGGUAGGAAUAGAUCAAGCCCCUUUUUAGUUCGGAGAUCCCGGGAUGGGGCAGACUUGCAUUUUCUGGUCCCUUCUUGAGCUCUGUUGGCCAACAACCUCACCAAGACAACAGCAAGUGGGGGGUCAGGGUGGGCAAGUGUGCACGGUUAGCCCCAGGUUUCCUAUGGGCCUCAGAAAGGCACAGGAUGGUGGCCAAACCUUCCCGUGCCCAGGAGAAGGCUGCAGAGGACUGAGGGGUGUUGGUGACCCCCAGGAGCCAUGAGGGGACAUGCUACACCUGGGGAAGGGGGAGACAGGCCAAGAGCUGGAAGUGGACCGGGCCAAGGGCUGCCACUGGGUGUCCAACACAAAGAGUGUUAGUGGGAGGCGCCCUGGGAGGAGAGAUCCUGAACGAGACUGCCUUUCUAUCUCGGACGGACUGGGGAGAUGGUUAUUAGACUUAGCUUGUCUUGUUACCCUGAGUCCUGGCUGGGCAGUUGGCACUGAGGGCACUGCCCAUGGAGCUGUCCCUCCCCGGUGGCUGGGAGGGAGCGAACGAGGCAACCAGGCACAGAAGGGCAGCAGGGGGCCCUUGACAGCUCCUGUGGAAACGGUAAACAACUGAGUCACUGCUCCAAUGGGCGUCUCUAACGGUCUAGGGAGGGAGCACGUGGUGACAACUGAAGCUUCCUAUGACUCAGCUGCUCCAGAGAGUGAAAUGAUUAGAAGGAUAAAUUGCGGGGUGGUUUUGCAUGACGACGAUGCGAGAGGGAUGAGUAGUAAGUGAGACUUAAUGUGAUCUAGGCGCAGGUCUUUAGGAAGAAAAGCAACCACAGUCUACCUGGAGGGUAAGAGGCGCUGGCUGCUGAGUGGGGGCGGAAGGCCCGGGGAGCGGUGGUAUGUGUGGGGGAGAAGAUUUAGAUAAAACCCUAAAAAACCCCAGCCCUGCCUAUGGAGGGGGAGAGGGAGGCGUGGCGGGGAGUGCAGGCUGGGGCAGGACAGCGGCAGGCAGCUUCCCCAGCUGGGCUGAGAGCCCCGAAGGGCCGGAGCUGCCUCUGCUGUGCUCAGGUCCCGCUCCGCGGAGCCUCCUCCCAGGUGGCUGGAGGGAAGGGUGAGGAAGACAGUGUCAGUGAAGGGUGGAAAGGGGUGUGACCUGACCAGGAACAGAGGACCAGGGCCAGCAGCUCCGGUCCCCAGGCCUGUCCUCCAGGAACUGGCAGACCCAGCAGCAAGGCCAAGUCCUGCUCAGCCACCCCAGGCCCUGGACACUCCUCUCCUGGACUACAGGUCGCACCGUCCCAUGACCCUCCUGGACAGACACCACCUGGGACACUCGGACAGAGCCCGACUGUUACACAUGGCAGGACGUUCGGGGCUGGUUUGGGUCAGAGUCCGUGGAAGGAGCACCCCUCCUCCGAUUCCUCUCUGCAUCAGUUGCUGGAGUGCACCUGGCAGAGCUGGGGGUGCCCUUGGCGUGCACGUGUCCACUAAUGUGCUUCAGCCCAGAUGGGCUUUGGAAGGGAAGAGGGUUGGCGGACCCUGACCACCCACCACGCCCAGUGAUGUUCAGACACAGCAUCUUGUCUUGUGCGCAGCACGACUCUGUGCAGGCGACAGAGAAGGCUCCAGAUCCCUGGGAGGGGAAUCACCAUGAACGGCAGGAGUCUAGGCCCAUGAGCUGCGUAACUAUCGGGGCAGGUCCUUGAUGUGUCCUGUGGGCCCUCGGUAUCCCGCCACCCAUCCCACUCACUGUGGGGAGGGAGGGCACUUCUCUCUCCCCAGGGGGCCGCAGCCUGGCCUGUGGGUCUGUGGAGUGGGCACAAGUGCCCGCUCCAGGCCAGGGUAGCUGCUCUGCGGGAGGGUCGGCGUCUGGGCCCACGUAGCUGCAACCCAAGCUGGCCCGUGAUCGGCCAGCGGCCCAGCGGCACGGGAGGGGCAGAGGGGCA